AUGGUGGAGGUCCUCGGUCCUCUGUCUGCUCGUCCACCUACUCCGCCUAGGACAACGUCUCGACCGCUGUCCGAGAAAGAAAAUAUACAGGAAUCACCGGUUGCAGCCCAGACGCCUCGUGAAAAUCCGUUGUCGACCAGUCUACCCAAUGGUGCUUCGUCCAACCGACAAUCCAAGCGGGUGAACUUUUCACCAUGGACCCGAUAUAUCAAACCCCCGUCCUUCACCGAUCCCGCCGCGACGCCCGAGCCCGAGCUCAAAGCGCUUCCUCCUUCAAAUGAAUGCAAACCGGCAAAGUCUAUCCUCAAGCAAACGAGUUCGCCCGUCACAACCCACUCGCCCACUGUUGUGACACACACCCCGGAAUCCUUCGCCAUGCUGUUGGAGUCGAUCACGCAGCAGUUGGCUGGGGAGUCUCUCAGUUCACGGCUUGACGCAUAUAUGCAGUUCUUUGGCGCAUUGAGAGCCUAUGACAAUCUGCCCACGGGGACGGAGAUUGUAGAUAGGCUGGGACUGAUCACGCAGUUCAUUCAGCGAGAUGUCGGCAAAGGGUUCUCAAGUGGAGAGCCAUUACAGAGUAGUCUCGUCGUCCAGGCUCUUAAGCUCGCGAAUUCGCUCUUAUGGGCAAGCGAUGUCGCGCCACACUUAUCGGACGAAUUCAAAGGCUUUCUCGUCGAGCAGUCGAUAAACGGCCUACAAGACGUCAAAGUGCCAAAGUCUCUGCUGGUUCAUUAUCUUUCAAUUUUAACAGCACCAAAUCUCCAUUCGAGAGUGAUGACCGUUUCUCGGCUGGCACGUUUGCUCCCAUCUCUCAUUGACGUGACCGAGCGGACUGGCGGGAAUACUGUCGUUUCGCAACGUCUGACGAUCUACUCGCGCAUUCUCAACCACUCAAAGCAGCUGUUCAUUUCUCACGCGCAUGCCUGGAUGGAUCAUCUCGUGUCCGGAUGCCUGCAUCAUAUGAAAGACAUCCGAUUAAAAGCCAUCGGUCUGGGGUUCCAAAUAGCUAACGUGUAUGGACCGAAUGCGAUCCUUUCAAAGAGCAUCUACGACAUCUUUGACCGGCCCAUGGAUAAUGAUAAUGAGAGAAAGCUCGCAGCGGAAAUAUGUGAGCGCAUGCUCCGGAUGAUGUCGGACCCUGACAGUGGUGUACAUGUUCCUCAAAUCUGGAGUGUCAUGAUCCUGUUCCUGAGGAACAAGCGAGUGUCUAUCGAUCACUGGGAGCACUUCAGAGAGCUUGUCCUUGUUCUCCAACGAUGCUUCAACUGCAGUGAAUCUAUGAUCCGGGCCCAGGCUAUUAUCGCUUGGAACCGGUUCGUCUCCGUUGCGAGUCCUGGCGAUACAACAAAUCUUGCAUUGCUGAAGAUGCUGGGAAAACCGAUAUUAUCGCAGUUUGAACGAAAGAAGGACAAGCAGAACGCAACGCCUAGUGGAAUAGUAUGGUCCAGUUACCACAAUCUCCUGUACUACGCAUUCCGACCCGCCGUGCCUUAUCACCAUCUCGACACUGUAUGGGAAGAGUACAUCGCCUUACCUUCUGCUGUACCAAACCCAGUGUUGACUUUGGGCACUCGACUUGCCUAUGUGCUGUCUAAUAUGUUCUGGAGUUCGCAAGUGAGAGUGUGGACUGUGAACAAAGCCAACGAAACCCACAAGCUUGCGCCUGAGGAACUACCAACGCUUGAUCCGAAAUGGCUCCGUUCGAGAAUUACCCGUGUUCUGAAAGUUUUAGAAGCCAUUUUCAGAUCAUCUGUCUGGGCGAACGAGAUCGAGAGGUCGAAGAUCGCAUUGACUUGGGUCAAUCUAGGUAAAGCUUUGUCUCACGCAUCGAGUAAAGAGAUUACGCCGUCUCCAGACUCAAUGCAGGCAGUGGCCCAUGUGCUUAGUCUUCUCCAGCGGCUCUGGAAGGCAGGCCCUGCGUCGCUAAAUGCCGCCGAAGACAAGACCAUGGACAAAUUCUUUGACCGAUUCCGUUUCUUAUCGACAACCAUGAUCUGUUCGCUUGGCAGUAUCCCAUUCACCGAGAAGCUCUUCAUGAAAACGGCCGAUGAGUCUUUUCAAGCCGCAAGCACCCCAACACACCGGCAUCCGAGAGCAAGCUCCAACGUGGAUAGUCCCAUCGUGCACCUGCUUCGGUUGAUCAGUGAAGCCCCAGGAGUCCCGGAGCCUACGCCCGCGUACCGGCGUCUAGUGAAUGAUACACUGCAAGCUGCUUGUAACGGACGAAACUCUAGAGGAGCCCGCUUGGAGCUGCUCAGACAGUGCGCAGAACUGUACCCAGAGGGACAGAUCGACUGCCCUGGACCGAGCAGCUUUGCUGGGAUAGUGUGGCAGUCAACUGCGCAGCUAGCUGCGGAUACCCUUCGCUCUUAUCCAGUUGAAUCGGCUCGCGCGCGUGAUGGGUCUGCGUCGCGUGACUACGAGAAUAGCGUGAAGAUUCUCUCUAGAGGGUUGAAGUUUUUGAACGCUAUUCAAGUCUGGGAUCAGCUCGUCGAUUCCCUGGUCCGUGUCGUCAAGACUGAAAAGAGUGAUCGCGAGAUAACAUCAGCAGUUGUUGAGCCUCUUGCGCAGUCUUUGAUGGCUUCAGGUGUGCAGGAAUCCUAUUUAUCAUUGUCAUCACUCCUGAACCAUUCCCUUUCCAUCACCUACUUUCAUCAGGACGUGGAGUCGGAAAAUACCACACAUCCUACCACAGCCAAAAUAUCUUCACCCAACAACCUGUGGGGAUUGCUCAAUCGCGCUCUUCACGAAUCCUACGAGAGAUUCAAUCCAGUGGAGAAUGCCGGCAUCGCAGACUUCCUCGAAGCCUUGACAUCAUUUCUGGGAUCAGGUGUUGUGGCUUUCCGUUGUGCGACACUGGAAAGUCUCCAACAGUCCCUUGCUUUGUGGCUCAAGGAUGAACUGCGGAAAAUCAAUCUUGAAAGUGGCGUGGAAAGCAGGAUCCUUACGGCUUACCGAGCUCUUUCCUCUGCUGUCCUAAAUAUAUUGCAGCCCUCCUCUCCCCAGGAUACCAAUCGCUUGCACAAACAGCAGCUCCUUAUCUGUGCGGGCUUGGAAUCUUCUCACAUGUCUGUCGCGAAGAGGUUCGUUGACUUCUGGAAUUCCACAUUUGGCCAACAGGACGCCUUGCCGUGUCCGGAACUCGUUUCUCGUGCCUUGAGUAGUCUGGAGUCGCGUAUCAAACAACAGAAGCCGGCGGAAGAGGAGCCAAAGGCUAUUUCUGAGAACGGUCCCCCUGAGGCCUUGAAUCAAAUAGAAGAUCGAGCGGACAUGCACGAGAAAUCGCACAUCGCCUUCAUUUUAGACAGCACGCGAGAUACUUCAGGCCCAGACACUUUCAAUUCGUCUCCUAUCACUAAGGAUUCGGCCCCAUUGCCAGCAUCAUUGGAACAGCCAAGUAACUUGCAGCCGCCAUCCCCUGCAGUCGACGACACUCCUGAGCAGAUCAGCAAUGACGGCACCCAAAUUCCGCUGCCAGCUGUUGGAGAACCUAAAAAGCGCAGCGAAGUGUUUUCGAUGAUCGAGAAUCUCCGGUCAUCGUCUCCCGCGAACACGCCUCGAGAGUUUGAAUUCAUGACACCUCCUCACCUGCGCAAUUUGCGUAAUCCGGACCGUGGUACUCCUCAGACUCCGACACUACCCGCUGUUGGGAAUGACCACGAAGAUGGAUUUCUUGGAUCUUCGCCUACUCCUGGUACCAGAGACAGGGCACAGGCGGUCCGAUCAGGGCUUCCUCAGUCAUGGAAUGUCUCAACAGAGGGGCAAACCGAUCCUCCUUCGUCCCCUCCGGAAGUUCAGUCACAGUCUCAAGAUGCUAAUGAUGAAUCUGCUUCGCUAAAUGGUUCCGCAUCUAGAAACAAAGAGUCUGCCAGUAAAAGGUCCAAGCGAACCCCAGCAUCCAACAACAAGAAAUCGAAGAGAGCCCAAUCUCUUCGAAAGGACACUUUCAAAAAUACUCGUUCCAAACAGCGCGAAGGGACUCCUCUCAUUAAGCGACUCCGUUCGUUCAGCAGCAAAACUCCAGCAACCGGUUCAUCACCUAGGCGCGAGGAGCAGCUGGAGAGAUCUCCUGUCAAGGACUCGUGCGCAAACACGCCGCCUAAAGAAUCCACACCCAGCUCUUCCAAGAAACCAAACAGUUCGAAAUCAUCUGCCAAGAAAAGGGGAAAGACCGUUAACCUUACGGGAGAUUUUCCGAAGAUCGAUUUCGGAUUGGACGAUACUAUUGCAGAUUCUUUCAGUGACGACAUGGAGACUCAGCUUGCUUCUCAGCUCGAACAAGAUCUGGAGUCUGCGGUGGACUCCAAUGCGAGGUCCGACAGCCAGGCCUUGGAAACGCAAAGUCAGCCUCCUGUCACAAGGAAGAGAAAACGGGAAGUUGAUGGGUUCGUGACGCCUACCAACAAAGAACGACGACGGUCGUCGCGGUUUUCCUUCCACAAGGAUGACCCCAUAUUUGAUGAUCCAGAGGCUCUUAUCAGCAGUCGCAGUGGCCGGUCCAAGAAACAGCUUCUAUCUACGACUGAUGACCAGGCUCUGGCGUCGCCGGUUGAACCGAACCCGAAGAAGAGAAGACGGCAAUCGAAGGGCGAUAUUACUGAAGUGGAGGAGCUCCAUUCUGCAAAUGCUGAGCAGCAAAUGGCACCUUCACCUGCCAAAGGUUCGUCAAAGAAACGACGUCAAUCGAAGGGAACACCCAAAACCACCGAGGAGGCCAAAUCUACAAACAACCAGAAGGACAUUGGGGAAGGCCAGACGACUUCUCAGAACACCGAACUAUCAUCCCAACAGCAGAAGCCCUCGGAGUCAAGCGAUGCACGGCCCACUGGCGAAGGGCAGACGAGCCAUCAAUCAUCAGCUAUAUCCUCAUCCCAGAAGCGAAGAUCCUCUCGUCUCAGUAGCCAAGCCGCUCCUGUGUCUACGGAUGAGCUUUCUGCUCCUACGAAGCCGACUUCUAGUCGCUCGCGCAAGCAAAAUGCGAGGGAGCAGGAACUUCUACCCGCCGCCGAUGCUGCGGGAGACACAAGGACCCCAUCUCAAGAUGAUCAGCUUGGAGACAAGAAGGCGUCGACAGAACAACCCAUGGAAAAGCCCACGGUCCUUUCAUUGAGUCAACCCAGAGGGCAAUUCACUCCCCGGUCUGAGGACAUUCUCAUGCAAGACGCCGACACAGUUGUUGACGCUACUCCUGUUCCAGCCUUUGAGGCAGAGAAACAGACGGAGAAGCAGACCAACACGCCCAUGGAUGAGCUCUCAGAGGGAACGAAGAAACAGUCUUCGAAACAAAUCGGAUCCCUCACAAGUCAAACCACCAACCUUCCCGAGACACAAGCAACACCCAACAACCUGGGAAUCAUAGCCUCCCUGCAGAAAAUAUUGGAUGAUGCAAAGUCUGCCACCUUGGACCGCAGUGCACUCAAACAGAUCGAUGAUCUGCUGUUCGAUAUUCGAGUGGAAGCCCACGAGGCGCUGAGGAGGAAUAUAGGUUGA